AUGUCGAGACAGUUUCCGGCUGAACAGACGGAAGAAGUUGAGGCUGUAGUCAGCUGUUUUAGCGAGGAUUUUGUCUCCGUCGACACGAGUGGAGAAGAACUUAGAGGAGUUAUCUCGGUGACAUUAGAACCAAGAUCAAAACCUAUUGUGAUUUUUGCUUCGGACGAAAAAAAUUAUGGACAAUUCGAGACUACCCAGCUCUCUCCGGUCGACCUUCUGUUUCAGUUACCUGCAGAGUAUCCAGCCAAGAAAGCAAUUAUCGAUUUGGAUUGUAUCUGGAUGCCCAUCUCAAUGGAAAAUCUGAUUUUGAGGAGGAUCGACGAUAUUCUUCAAGAGAACAUCGGAUCCGCUGUUCUGUUUCUGUGCUAUCAGGAAGUGAAGAAAAUUGUAGAUAACACUGAAAUUACAGAACUGCAUGUGGAAGAGAACCGCAUUGCUCGAAAGAAUAAAUUGGGGCCGAUGGAAAUGUUGGAGAAAGCAAGAGACGUGUGUGAAAAAGCCGAGUUGGACGAGUUUGAAGCACAUUGUCAUGACUGUAACGUGUGUUUUGAGAACAAAUCUGGCCGUGAAUGCGUACGAUUCUCACCUUGCCGGCAUACGUUUUGCAAAGAAUGCGUAACCGCAUAUUUUAAGCAGAAACUGCUUCAAGAGAUUUCACCGCUUACGUGUCCCAGCAGUAAUUGUGCGACGAAUGCUCCUCAAAAGUUGAUCGUUCGGCUUCUGGGUCAGGAGGCAUUUGAACGCUAUGAACGACUGCUACUGUCUCGAGUUUUGGAUAACAUGGGUGGUAUGGUUGUUUGUCCAAGGAUUGCUUGUCAGAAACCGGCCGCCCUCAGUCAAAUAAGAGAUAAUUUGGCGACCUGCCUUGUUUGCGGCUAUUCAUUCUGCACUAAAUGUUUCAAAUCGUUCCACGGAUUUCAAACUUGCCGAGGCAAAUACAAUCUCUCAGUCCUUGUUGAGAACAGCAACUUUACAUGGGGUUUCCGUGAAGUGUCUCUGUUGGAGUUUCUCAGAGCGACCGAUGAGGAGAGAAGACAGAUGGGAUAUUGGUAUGGAGGAAUUGAACAAUUAGAGGCUGAAAUGGAAAAGGCAUUAAAGAAGAAAGAAUGGCGCAGCUAUGCAUGGAUUGAACAAAACAGUGACAGAUGUCCUAACUGCCUUAUUCCAAUUCAGAAAAACGAAGGAUGUAACUUUAUGGCAUGUAGGAUGUGUAAGACGAAUUUUUGUUGGAAAUGCAAACAAAUACUCAAUACAUUCAACUCAUACGAUCACUUCAGUAAUGGUACCUGUUGA